AUGACAAAUGUCGCCUUGUUCAUUGGUGAUCCGUCUCUUUGGAAAGACCGUUCUGCUGAGCUACUUUCCAAUCUCAGAUGUAAAACUAUGUCUGACUUCCGAUGGUAUAAAGACACCUUUCUUACUAGGGUUUAUACCAGAGAAGACAGUCAACAACCUUUCUGGAAAGAAAAAUUCCUUGCUGGACUCCCCAAAUCCCUUGGCGAUAAAGUAAGGGACAAAAUUCGUAGCUUAACUCCGGACGGGAUAAUACCCUAUGAUGAGUUAAGUUAUGGCCAACUCAUUUCUUUUAUUCAAAAGGUUGCCUUAAAGAUUUGUCAAGAUGAUAAAAUUCAAAGGCAACUUGCUCGUGAGAAAACUCAAAAUCGUAUCGAUCUGGGAACUUUCUGUGAACAAUUUGGUCUUCCUGCUUGUCAUCCAAGGAAAUCCAAAAGACCUUCCAACCGAAAAGUUUUUAAACCUAACCCUGAAAAGAAUUUCAGACGUUUCAAAAGGGAUUUUCAAAAACCUAAACAUGAAACAGGUUUCCAAAAGAAUUUCCAUAAGCAUCCCCAGAGAAACCCCAUUAUUUGUUAUACAUGUAAAAAACCAGGACAUGUUAGCAAAUAUUGUCGGUUAAAAGGAAAGAUUAAUAAUCUGAACCUUGAUCCUCAGAUUGAGGACCAGAUUAAUAAUCUUAUGAUUGAAAGCUCAGAUGAUAACUCUGGACCAGAAUCUUCUGAUAAUAAUAUCAACAACAUCCAAGUUGAUGAUGUUGAGUCAUCAUCAGAUUUAGAUAUCAAACAAAUUAAUGUUUUAUCCAAAGAUCAAGAUCUCUUAUUUGAUGCAAUCGAGGCUAUUGACAAUCCAGAACAAAAGAAAGAUUUUCUUUUGAAAUUAAAAAGAUCUUUACAAAAGGAACAGUGA